AUGUCUACCGGUGCGUCUAUACCGUCCGUGGAAAUACCGCAAAACUUUUCAUUAAAGUCAAUAGAAAAUUCUGAGAAGGAAGAACCACGACGGUGUAAUACGAAUAAUGAUAGUCCAAGUGGAAUUCCUCCACAACAAUUUCAGUCUCAAUCACCACCACAGCCACUUGUAAGAGAACAACCGGUCGACCAGCAACGUUUAUCUCCUCCAAAAAAACCUUCUCAUGCUAAAAAGUUAGUAGAUAAGUUUGCCACAUUUUCCCCGAUGAGGAGUAAAGGAUCUGAUCGAAAAUUAAUAGUAGAAACUGCUUAUAGCAACUAUAACGCAAAGAAAGAGUCUGACCAACGGCCUAAAGCGGCCGACCAGAAAACUCAAAAGAAGAAAAAGCGUAUCACCGAAGGGAUGUCAAAAGCUGAUAUAUUUGCUGCAAGUGUGGCUAGUGCUGUUGAUGCUGCUGAUGGUGCUGAUGAAGAGGAAGUAUAUUAUACUUAUAGUACGAGUAAUUCUCGUCCUCCCUCUCUGACUAGUCCUCCCUCUUUGACUAGUCUAAACGGCUUGGCUGCUCCAUUAUCAACUCCAAAUUUCUUCCAAGACAAUAAUAAUAUUCCUCAACAAUUCCAAAUGCCUAAUAUAUACAAUACUGCUUUUUCCCCUCAUCGUACAUAUAACACUUUUCCUAAUCGUUCUCAUUUUCCUACUGGAUUUUAUCAUAACAAUCCACCUUCGGAUUCUGUUGAUAUAAUUCCUAAUCAUUCCCCAAAUGAUAAAAGUAAUAAUAAGCCAACUGGUGUAAUGCGUUCUUCAUUACCCGAUAUGUCUCAAUAUGUAAAAGGUUUACCAAAUUAUGAUACUUCUAAUUACCUAUAUAAUAAUUAUAAUAAUUGGUAUGUUAAUGAUGAACGAUUACCACUAUUUUCAACAAAACUUCGUCCUCCAACACGUCAAAGACAUUCGUGUGCUCCAACGAUAUCUACUCUGACUGUAAUAAUCAUCUUUCUCCUGGCUUCAUCUUAUUUGUUAUACCUUGCAUCAACUUGUCCUUUAUCAGAAGUAAAUAUCAAAGACAUAAUGAAUGUUCUUACUUCUGAUAAGGAAUUAAUGUUCGACAUUCAAGUAAAAGGUCGUAAUUUCGGCCUAGUGGAUGUAGAAAUUAUUGAUGCCGAUCUCAACGUAUUUGCUACUCCUGUGAGAAAUAUUCCUUCUGGAAUUCCAGGUGGUCCUGGAAGUCAUUGGGAUGAUGAUGAUGAUAAUAUUAUUACAAAUUCUUUAUCUUUUCUUGAAUCUGCUCCUAGUGAAUAUUUGGGUACCAUACUUGCUUUUGAUGAACCUUUGAUCUUUCCUUCAGGAAUUAAUCGUACUGGCGUGGUUAGUACUCCUACUGCUCAAGUUAGAUUGAAAAGUCCUGGUGGUGAUGAUAAAGCAAGUCGAGAUCGAUGGUCUUAUCUUCUACGGCAUCAAUUUGAUUUAACCGUUCGUGGGGUUCUAAAGUAUACAUUACCUUUUUCAAAGAGCUAUGUUGCUAGUGUAUGUUUUUCUCAAAGAGUUGAUGGUACUGAAAGUUCUUUAGAUAAAGAUGGUAAAAGUAGGAUAGUUAAAGGUUUCAACACAAAUUUGGUAUUAGGCCAAUGUGGUGAUUGGGAAAAAGAAGAACAGGAAAAAAAUAAAAAUAUUCCAUUAAUAUAA